AUGGGCGCGCAACAGAGUCGUCGAAGCGGCCACGGCAGCAGGCCUUGUUCGACCAUGAAGCACGACAGCAGUCGGAGCAGUUCUGAGGCCUCGGAUUCAAAGGGCUCGCGGUCGCUGAAGACGGUUUCUGUUGCGUCCGCGUCCGCCUUCGCCGCCAUCGCGGCCGUCACACCAAGUAGCAGUAGCAGUGCCGAGGACAUCAGUAGGCUCAGCGAGAGGACGCGGGUAGAAAAGCGCGAAGUUCAGAAACCGCCGCCGCCGCGCCCGAAGAGCUACCUCGAGAUGCCGCAGACGACAGUCCCGUGCCAGUACCGCACAGGCAAGACGCUUGGGAGCGGGACUUACGCCAUCGUGAAGGAGGCCAUCCACAUCCACACCGGCAAAUACUAUGCCUGCAAAGUCAUCAACAAGAAGCUCAUGCAGGGGCGCGAGCAUAUGGUGCGCAACGAGAUCGCUGUCCUCAAGCGCAUCUCGAGCGGGCAUAAGAACAUAGUCACCCUGCACGACUACUUCGAGACGACGCACAACCUUUAUCUCUGCUUCGAUCUGUGCACGGGUGGCGAGCUGUUCGACAGGAUAUGUGCGAAGGGUAACUACUACGAGGCGGACGCCGCCAAUCUCGUCCGCACUAUCCUGCAGGCUGUCAAGUACAUCCAUGACUGCGGAAUAGUCCACCGAGACCUCAAGCCCGAGAAUUUGCUCUUCCGCACCCAAGCAGAGGACGCCGACAUCAUGAUCGCCGACUUCGGCUUGAGUCGUGUUAUGGAGGAAGAGAAGUUGAACAUGCUCACCGAGAUUUGCGGCACGCCCGGGUAUAUGGCCCCUGAAAUCUUCAAGAAGACUGGCCACAGCAAACCUGUCGAUAUUUGGGCGAUGGGCGUCAUCACGUACUUCCUGCUCGCCGGCUACACGCCCUUUGACCGCGACUCGCAACAGCUCGAGAUGGAGGCGAUCAUUGCUGGCGACUACAAGUUCGAGCCCGAGGAGUACUGGGAGAACGUGUCGAGCACGGCGAAGGACUUCGUGACGCAGUGCUUGACCAUCGAUCCGACGAACCGGCCAACAGCGGCGGAGGCGCUGCAGCACAAGUGGCUCUCCGACCCGACCGCGCACUUCGUCACGGACAAGGAGGGCCCGGUCGACCUCCUGCCGCAUGUCAAGAAGGCGUUCAACGCGAAGCAGCUGUGGAAGAAGGCCGCGUUCAGCAUCAAGGCGCUCAACCGCAUGACGAUGCUCGCGAGCAGCGGGCUCGACAAGGACGCGGCGGAGCUGUCGGAGAACUUGAAGAAGUACAAGGAGGAGUCGGCGCGGGAGAUCAUGGAGGAGUCCACGAUCACCCACUCGCACAACAUGGAGACGGAGUCGACGACGGACUUGACGUUGAAGGAGAAGGAGGUGCGCGAUGCUGUCAAGGCAUCCGACGACAUCAGCGCGCACGACCACGAGGACAUCUCCUCGAAGCUCGCGAGUGUCAGCCUCGACGAGGGUCAGAAGAAGUAG